GAGGGACGUGGGCUGUCUGCCCGGCCCCCCACAUUCAGAGCAGGUGGCAGCACUGAGGUCCUGCAGGUUCCUAGCACGGAGGCCCCCACUCUGGUGGAGACUCAGGGCCAGGCGUGCUGGGAGGGAGCUCUGCCGGCCUCUGGGGAGUGGAGCUGCAGAAGGUCCUGGGGCACUCAGAAGUCUUCCUCUCAGAUAUGAUGUCUGCAUCCCAGCCUCUGUGGGGAGCGUUGGGCAUUUCUGGUUGGUCACGCUUAGCCAAUAUGAGCUAUACUUGCUGGGCAACCCAGGAUGAGUCACCUCUCCUCUCUGGUCUCAGAACCCUCAUUGGUAAAAUGAGAAGGUUGAACUAGGAUGCCCCUGGACCUGGAAGAAUUAUCACUGUGGGAAGAUCUCCAGCAAGCCAUCUCCAUGAAUCUUUUCCAAUUUUCCUCUUGAAAGACCCUGUUUGGAAGAAUCAGGAGCCGUGGCAGCGGGCGAUCGGGCGGUGAGGAGCCUCCGGUGCGGCCUCGCCUCCCCGGCCCAGCGCCGCAUCAGCACCGCGGACAGCACAGCGCCCCGGGUCGGGACACAACCACCCACUUGCCCACCUGCGCCCGGGCCGGCGGCGUCCGAAUCAGCACCACGGACAGAGCCCGGGCCCCCGCUCGCCCGCAGCCCACCGGCUCCUCGAGUCAGCACCGCGGACAGCCCCAUUCGACCUGCUCCGCGGCAGCUUCGGAGCGAGCCUUCAGCGACCCCGAAACAUGGCUACCGAGCCCUACUGGAGCACAGCCAGGAGGAGAGCAGACGCCUUUGAAUGGUUCUGUGCAGUGCCUCUGGGCAUUCUGGCUAGCAGCAUGACAUCAAUACCAAGAGCUAUUGUUGUUAUUCCACUGAAGUCUGCUCCACAGAGCAAGGUCCACAAUCUGCAGGAGCUCCGGCGCAGUGCCUCAUUGGCCACCAAGGUCUUUAUCCAGAGAGACUACAGCGAUGGGACCAUUUGUCAGUUCCAGACCAAAUUCCCUCCAGAGCUGGACAGCCGGAUCGAGCGGCAGCUCUUUGAGGAGACUGUGAAGACUCUGAACGGCUUUUAUGCAGAGGCAGAGAAGAUUGGGGGCAGCUCCUACCUGGAGGGCUGCCUGGCCUGUGCCACAGCCUACUUCAUCUUCCUCUGCAUGGAGACCCACUAUGAGAAGGUUCUCAAGAAGAUCUCCCGCUACAUCCAGGAGCAGAAUGAGAAGAUCUUUGCGCCUCGAGGCCUCCUGCUCACGGACCCUGUGGAGCGCGGGAUGCGGGUUAUCGAGAUCUCCAUCUACGAGGACCGGUGCAGCAGCGGCAGCUCCAGCAGCGGAAGCAGCAGCGGCAGCGGUGGCAGCAGCAGCGCUGGGGGUGGUGGGGCGGGGGCCCGGUGACUGGCCGAGAGUCCCUGCAGGGAGGUGUAUGGCCGGAGUGAGGGCCUCGCAGACCUGCGGCGGCUGCGCUACCAGAGCACCCGCUUCUGAGUCUUCUCUGGGUCCACCAAGCUGAUCCGAUUGGGAGAGCAACCGUCCUGUUUCCUGUGGGCGCUCAGUGCAAGCUGCCAGCCCCUUCCCCCCGGCAGGACUGGUCCACUUCCUGACCUGGGGAAGGCUGGGGUGGGGAGAACACUGGACAAUCCGUCUUUUCCUUGGCGGCUUUCCCAACACUCCUGAAGGAGGCCCAGAGAAUUCCAUCCUGCAUGAUCCUUCACCCCAAAGCCAACAUCCAACUGGACUGGCUUCCUUUGCCCCUGAGCCCUGGGCUGUCUCUCAGUGUGGGCUCUUUGAGGCCACUACAGGUCCCUGCCUGUCUAUGAUGCCACUUCUGCCAAAUUGGAGAUCUGGGGAGAUGGGCACUUUGGUGGGGAUCUAUUCAGCGGCUCCUGACCUCUUCUAGAUUGGUGGCUUCCCUAUCCUCCACCCAGAGCUGGAAGCCAUCUGAGUCUUGCCAAGAAGUAUCCAACUUUGAGACUUUCACGCCACCUGUCACUGACUGAGGGCCAUACACUCCAGGGCUCUGGGAGGUUCCAUGGGGGGGUCUGGGAAAAUUGUGGAGCGAUGUGGUCAGGGGAGUUAGAAUUUCCUGAACCAGAGCCAAUUUCCAGAUUUUAGGACCUGUGUGUGUGUGUAAGCAUGUGAAUAUGCACAUGUGUAAGCAUGCACAGGUGAGUGCACAUGUGUGCACCAGUGUACAAGUAUAUAAAUGUAAGUGCACCUGUGUGAGUGUAUGCAGCAUACACAGGAGUGAGUGCGUGCACAUGUAUGUGCAUGAAUGUGUGAGUGCAUACGUGAACCCAAGUACACAUGCAUUAGAUUCCGGAUGUGCGUGCACAUGAACACUGCAAGUGUGGUGUAUGUGUGAGUGUACCUGUAUGCAUGAGUGUGCAUGGAUGCGUGUGAAUGUCUACGUGUGAGCCCGUGAGUACACGUGUGAAUGCAUGUGUCUGCGUGUGAGUGCUCUGUGUUCCCCUUGGCUGCCAGGCUGACUGCCCGGCUCUGCGUCCAGCUUUGUCAUGUUACCCAAUGGUAGAUGGUGUGUGGCUUCUUUCCCAUGUUGGUCCUCACCUCUUGCUUGGGGCUGCCAGCCUGGAUCUUCCUCCUGGCCUCUCCCCCACCUUCGAACUCUACUGUGCACAUUCUAGCAGAAGAGAAGUCAGGGUCCUGGAGAGCACAGUCAACCUUCCAGUGGCCUUUAGUGCACCUCUCCCAGCCCCUGUGAUGAGACAAUGGAGCCACAGAUACUGCAUAUUCAGCUCACUCCGGUGCCAGGGCUCUUUAAGGCUGUGGAGGUGAAGCGUUCUUGGACAUUCAAAGGAGGUCGGAACUGGCAGGGGCAAAGGUAAAUUCUGCUUGCAAAGAUAGCAAGAAUGUCCAGCUAUCGGUGCUCUGACUCCUGAAGUCCAGGGGAGUCAGUGGGAAGGGGGCAACCUGGGGCCUGGGGUCCAGAAGAUGGACAGAAAGGAGCUGCCUACCUCACCUGGCAGGAGGUGCUAGAAGUGGACACGAAACACCAGCCGCUGCAGGUAGCUUUCUGGAACCAAAGAGGGGCCUGGUUUUCUACUAGACGUGGGAACUGCAUGUGGGAGCAAAUCCCUACCCCGAGAGCUGGAGGGGGACCCAAACCUUGAGGGCUCAGGGAGUCUGGGUCGUAGUGAGUGCUGGUUCAAGGAGCUCCCUGGAGAGCUGUAGCCCAGUGGGCUCCACUGGGGCCCCUGACUCCUGGCCAUGGCCUGUGCACCCCUGGCCCGCUGUACGGCUGAGCACUGUGUCUGACCCAGAGGGUCCUGUGUGGGGUGGGGGCUGGGCACAGGCAGUACAGCACCUUGUGUUUUAUUAUUUCUUUUUCCAAUAAAGGGACUUGCCCAG